UUCAAAAACGAUUACAGUGGAAUCUUCCGGAAAGCGACUAAGAUGGGACUUCGGAGGCAGGGUCGUUGUGGAGAGAGCAGAUAGAUUUUUUCUCUCCCCUAGCGAAUGAGGUGCGCCCCCGGCCACCCCUCCUCAGGAAAUACCACCCCGACCGCGCAUGCGCAAUUAGGCAGCAGACAGAUACUUAAGGCGCGGCAAUCGCGGCUGCAGCAGUGCGCGCAACAGCGGACUCCGAGAGAUCACUGGAUCUCGGCAAGAACCCUUGCUCGCGAACACCCACCCACCACUCUUGGUACCAUGGCUGCAGUGGCGGCAGCUUCAGCUGAACUGCUCAUCAUCGGCUGGUACAUCUUUCGCGUGCUACUGCAGGUGUUCCUGGAAUGCUGCAUUUACUGGGUAGGAUUCGCUUUUCGAAAUCCUUCAGGGACACAGCCCAUUGCGAGAAGUGUUCAGAUACUCCCUGCAGAAGUUGGCGUACACGGUGUCCCGGACCGGGCGGCAGGUGCUGGGGGAGCGCAGGCAGCGAGCCCCCAACUGAGGCUCCAGCUCCCAGCCCUGGGCGGCCCUAUCGCCAGAUGCUCCUGUGCAUCUCAGCCAGCAUGGGAGCAAGUGCCGCGCAGGAAUGGGGGGUCCCCUGUGUUCCCUCGCCAGAGGAGCACUUGCCAAGGUCAGUGAGGGGCCAGUAGGCCCCCAAGAAGCAGCACCUACAAUGACGACGAUACCAGAUUCUUUACCAACCCCUUUACACCAGUCCCCUUGCCAGGCGGGUCAGGAAGGAAAGUGGGUUGGGAGCAGCAGAUCCUGGAGAUCUCUGGGCACAGGCAUCACAUUCUCAUCUGACCAACUCGGGCCAGUACCACCCUAGCCCCAAAGUAAUGGCCAUGUCAGCAGGCACCACCAUGGAGACUGAAACACGACAACCAGCAGCAUGAACAUUCCAACAUCACCAGCCGAAGCCCUGAAUCUCAGUGCAGCAGAGAAGGCAUCAACUCACUUCCCAUGGAGAGGGAUUGGAAGGCAUGGACAAGGGAGGAGGGUUCAGAAAGAGUGGGGUCCUCUCAUUGACCCUUGCCUGUGUCAUGUAUGCAUUCCAGCCUUCCUGCCUUUGCUCCUUUGAUUCCUCCUUCCCCCAAAUACCACCCCCAAGCCCAUCUCGAUCCCUAAAAAUGUGCCACCUGAUUUGGACCUAUUCAACCAGUUAAUGAAUCCCAUCUUUACUAAAAUACCUUCUGAGUCCCCUGCCCCUCACUGAUCUUGCUUUCCCUGGUCUCACGCAGUUGUCAAUAUUGUGGUAAUUGCUAAUUGUACUGAUUGUUUACGUGUGCGUUAGUUGUGUCUCCCCAGCUAGAUUGUAAGCUCCUGGAGGACAGGGACCGCCUCUACAAAAAUAAAAAACAGUACCCCCCCCCACCUUGUAGUGUCCUAUGAACCUGCAAGGUGGUGGAGGCACACCAAAAAGUUGUCUGUGGGACUUCUUUUGUCUUUAUGACACACACACACACAUACUUCUAACAUUGAGCUGAUACAAUACUUGUAGAGUAGACACACUGCUUGGGAGUAGAAGGGGGAGAUAAAAUGUGAAUAAACUGGAACUAUCACAUACCUAGCUUCAUUUCAACACUAUUCUGACAUAAAGGUCUUUAUUUACCCUCCAUCUUCACGUUCCAUCCCACAAUAUGUGAUCACUUCUUCCUCCCCAUAAUCCAGACUUCUAUUUAGGGAUCCCAAAGAAAUGAGCCCUGGGCAGAGGGACACUGGUCUGGACAAUGAGUAUGGGAUAAAAGGUGUGACAUGGCACCAUGUCUACCCAGCUUAAUGCUCUAGGCCCUGUGGCUACCAGGUCCACUCCUAGGCUAUCCAGCCUGAUCUUGCUACUUUCUAGGGUCUCACUCCUGAAACCUCUAUCCUACUUAAUUCUCCCCAGUGCCAGUUCCCUGCUUAGCAGUACCCUCCCUAUCCUUAUGGG